AUGAUCAAAUUGGCCACCUUAAGUAUUUCAAAGAGUGCCCGACAGCUGUUGCCAUCUACUUUCGACAGAUGCUUGGGCCUGCGCAGGAACCAUACCGCAGCCCAAGGACACGGUCCUUUGCAUGGAGUUAAAGUCAUUGACCUGACGAGAGUUCUAGCUGUACGGAGUUCUGAGACGGGAAUAUUCCGAGGUCCAUUCUGCACACAGAUUCUUGCUGAUUAUGGUGCCGACGUCCUCAAGAUUGAGAACCCCAAAGGAGGAGAUGAUACUCGACUAUGGCGAACGGCCGCGGAAAAGAAAAUUUGGAAGUCGACACAAAAAGAUAUCUCGGCUUAUUUCUGUACAAUCAAUCGGAAUAAGCGGUCGAUGACCCUUAAUCUAAAACAGCAGACAGGAUGUGAUGUUUUGUUUCGUCUUGUGAAAGAAGCAGACGUAGUGGUUGAUAACUUUGUGCCCGGGAAGAUGGACGAACUCGGGAUUGGGUACGAAUCUCUUCGGAAGUUCAACCCAUUAAUAAUUCAUGCUAGCGUUUCUGGUUAUGGUGCAAGUGGCCCAUACGCCAAGCGAGCAGGUUACGAUGCUAUUGUUGCUGCUGAGGCAGGGAUGUUACACAUCACUGGGGAGAGAGACGGACAGCCCACACGCCCAGGACUCGGAAUGACCGACAUGAGCACUGGAUUGUAUCUUCAUGGCGCCAUCAUGGCUGCUUUGUUCUCCCGCGAAAAGACUGGGAAAGGGCAGAAAAUCGAUGCCUCAUUAUUUGAAACCCAGGUGGCCUUGCUGUCCAAUGUGGCGAUGUCAUGGCUGAAUGCUGGGGAGGUCGCUCAACGUUGGGGAACUGCACACCCAAGUAUAGUUCCAUAUCAGGCUUUCAAAACGAAGGAUUCGUACCUAGUCUUUGGUGCUACAAAUAACCGACAGUUCCAAGUACUGUGCAAAUUGCUGGGCCGCACAGAUCUGGCGACAGAUGCUCGUUUUGCUGACAACAAUUCUCGAUUGAAGAAUCGAAAAGAGCUAACUGCAACUCUCAGUGAAAUUCUCAUUUCCAAGCCAACAACCGAAUGGAUGAGAAGACUGGAAGGGAGUGGAAUGCCCUAUGGGCCGAUCAACUCCAUUGAUUCAGUAUUUUCCCACCCACAAACAGCAGCCAGGAGAAUGGUACAGACUUUGCCAUUUGAUGCCCUUUCCUGUGGUGAGCUUAAGCUUCUAGGUUAG